AUGUCCGCAGCGUUCGACGACGAGGAUCUCUCGAUCUCCCUUCCUUCAUACGAGCAGAAUAGGAACAGAAACCCUCAUGGCCACCCAAACAUACCGCAGCCGCCGCCACGGCAUGGCUCGGAGAGACUCGACCAGUCUCCUGCCACCGCCCGAGACAUGCAGCGGCUGGACCAGUAUACCGCAGUCAGGAAUCUAGGUGAAGGGACGUUUGGAAAGGUCAAGCUCGCUACUCAUAGAGCUAGUGGGCGGCCGGUUGCGCUCAAGAUCAUACCGAGGCGGAAACUGCAGUCGAGGGACAUGGUAGGGAGAGUCGAGCGGGAGAUCCAGUAUCUGCAGUUAUUAAGGCAUCCCCAUAUUAUCAAACUGUAUACCGUGAUUGCGACGAAGACGGAUAUCGUGAUGGUAUUGGAAUAUGCAGAACGGGAGUUGUUUGACUACUUGGUAAAGAGAGGAAGAUGCAAUGACGACGAAGCUCGAAUCUUCUUCCAGCAGAUUAUUUGCGCUGUUGAAUAUUGUCAUCGCCAUAAAAUUGUGCAUCGAGAUCUUAAGCCAGAAAAUCUUCUUAUUGACAAGGAUAAGAAUGUGAAGAUCGCUGAUUUUGGCUUGAGCAAUAUCAUGACUGAUGGAAAUUUCUUGAAAACGAGUUGCGGUAGUCCCAACUACGCCGCGCCCGAAGUUAUCUCUGGUAAACUAUACGCUGGCCCUGAAGUCGACGUAUGGAGUUGUGGAGUCAUUCUGUAUGUGCUUUUGGUAGGGAAAUUGCCUUUUGACGACGACUACAUUCCCUCCCUGUUCAAAAAGAUCUCGGCUGGAAAUUUCCACAUGCCCUCAUACAUAUCUGCCGGUGCUGCAAAUCUUAUUAGGCACAUGCUCCAAGUGCAUCCUGUUCAUCGAAUCUCCAUCCCUGAGAUCCGGCAAGAUCCGUGGUUCCUAAAGGGUCUCCCCAAAUAUUUACAGCCCCCUGUCGAGGACUUUGUUGGUACUGGUGCGGACCCAAAUAAAGCGAUUGACCCCCGCAAAAUUGCUCCUGGAAGAUCCGCUGCGAUGCAGGAACGCAUUCAUGAAAAUGCAGUAAUUAAACUUGAACGCAGAAUGGGCUAUGGCAAAGAUGAUAUCCAAGAUGCUUUGCGAAAACCGGAGCCUAGCGCGAUUAAGGAUGCCUUCUUUAUUGUGGUCGAGAAUGAGAUGAUGCAAACGAACUCUCCAACUGAAAACGAGCCGGGUCAACAACCCAUUCCUCCCUUCGGGAGCAAUGCAUCUCCCGCUCAUCGUUCAGGGCAAAGCCCCGCCCUAGAGGCUAGCACUCAAGACUCACCCCUUGCUCCACUAACCCCAUACCAGACGAGGUCUUCUCCAACGAUACCUUCCCAAACCUCUUCGCUUGGUGGGACAGAAGAUACACCGCGGAUUAGCCAUGUACGGAUCCUACCGACCAGUUUGCCUUACGUUCAUGACCAAAUAAUGAAGCAACGGGAGGAAAGACUUCCCCCCGGCGAAGGCGAAGAGGGCGAAUCAUCAGAGGAAAACCGUGGUCGGUCGUUGCAGCCAGAAAAUAAGGAAUCCGAGAGUGAUAUAAACAAAGAACGCUCCCCUGAAGAACAAGCGGCAACUGCUCGGUCCCUUAGGCCUCACUCGCGCAGCAAAGUGGAUUUAGACAAGCUUCAGUACCAGAAACCCAACACUAUGGCACAGACUGCUCCUCAACCUAAACGUUCUCGCAAAUGGCAGUUUGGCAUACGAUCCAGGAACCAACCAUAUGAGGCGAUGUUGUGUCUCUAUAAAGCCCUCCAGGCGGAAGGGGGUGUCUGGGAAAUUCAGCCGGCAGAGUCUGAUGUGAAUGACUCAGAUGGUGGAAGAACCCCACAGAUGACUGCUGAACUGCCCCCAGUGCUUCAACAUAAGUACCCUGACUUGCCAGCAGAUUACUAUAUCCCAAAGGAUUUAUGGUUUAUUCGCGCUCGGCUAUUGAAGCAAGGAGUCCUAGCUCCGGGUCCAUCUAGCAGCGCUCACUCUAGUCGCAGUGAUCUCGAAGAAUUCCGACGCCGUGUCAGCUUGAUUGGUGGCAUAUUACACUCAGAGGAUAAGACGUCUGCUUCGGCUUCAGCGAUUGCCACAGCAGCUGGCACUGCUGGUGCCGCAAUAUCAUCAGCUCACUCCUCACACCCUGCACUUCUUGCCUAUGGGGUAUGGGUAUUCAUCGAUAUCCAGCUUUACCAGAUUGAGUCAAAGAACUACAUGGUAGACUUCAAAUGCGAUGGCUAUCAAAAUGUCAUCCAGGUCGCCCAUGACAAUAACAACACCACAGAAUGGCGGCCAAUCAGCAAACGGAUACGAAACAAGGAGAAAGAGGUGACGAGUCCUUAUCCUUUCUUGGACGUGGCGUCCGACCUAGUCGCGCAAUUGGCGGUCGUUAGUUGA